UCGUUCUUCAACGUUGCAUCGAAUGGACAACAGGAAAGACCUCUGAACUGCUUGGACUGAAAAUAACAUUCGCAGCUCUCCAAACAGAACUCAAUUCGACAAAGAAGAGACUUUUCUGCAUUUCCGAUCUCCCCCUGCGACGAAGGCAAAAGUGGGACAAGACUUUCGCUCUGUCCAGCCGAGGAGUCAGGGCGUUGGCCGCUCGGGCUUUGGCUCUCGGCCACCACCACUUCUCCCUUUUGGCCUCCCCUACUUCUGCCUCGCAGCCGAAAUCUGGAUGUGAUGUGUUUUAGCUUUUUUCCCUUUUUGGAAAGCUCGCUUCGAUUCCUUCCCUUAUAGGGACACAUUUCGGGUUUUUAACUCUUUUGAUUAAUUGACACCUCAGUAUUCCGAUUUGUACUUUUUCCCAUUUUGGGGUUUUUGUAGUUUUCGGUUUACCCUCCUUUAAUACAUGAUUUUCCCCCAUUUUUGGGAUAGUCUCUUUUUAGGCUGCAUUUGAUACAGCCUCCCAAUUUAAGUACUUUUUGUAGUUUUCGGUUUACCGACUUGAUUUUGAUUUUUCCAAUUUAUGGGAAUCGAUGCGAGCUCUCCUCUUUUUGGGAACAUUUCCGACAUCCCCUGAAGAACCUGGCACACUGCAGACAGCAGAAUGGCUGAACUCAAGUACAUGUGUGGUUUUGGGAAUGACUUCUCCUCUGAAGACCCUCGCUGCCCUGCUUCGCUACCUGAAGGACAGAAUAAUCCUCAGGUGUGCCCAUAUGGACUUUAUGCUGAGCAGCUCUCUGGCUCCGCCUUCACCUGCCCGCGACCAGCCAAUAAGAGAAGCUGGUUGUAUCGCAUCCUCCCGUCCGUCAAACAUAAGCCGAUUCGCCCCGUGCCCUGUGGGAACCUGACGGAAAACUGGAGUGAGAUGGAGCCUGACCCCAACCAGCUGCGAUGGCGCCCAUUCUCCAUCCCCAAAUCUACGGAAGUCGACUUUGUGGCGGGUCUGCACACUCUCUGCGGCGCCGGGGACGCCAGAUCUCGCAACGGCAUCGGCAUCCACGUGUACGCCUGCAAUGUGCCCAUGCUCGACAAAUGCUUCAACAACUCUGAUGGCGACCUUUUGAUUGUGCCCCAGCAGGGAGAGCUCUUGAUCACCACAGAGUUUGGCAAGAUGAAGGUGGAGCCAAAUGAGAUAUGUGUCCUUCAGCAAGGGAUGCGCUUCAGCGUGGACGUGUUCGGGGAAACCAGGGGCUACGUCUUGGAGGUGUAUGGCGCUCAUUUUGAGUUACCUGACCUGGGACCCAUAGGGGCCAACGGUCUUGCCAACCCGAGAGACUUCCUGUGUCCCGUAGCUUGGUACGAGGACCGAGACGUGUCCACCGGGUACACCGUCAUCAAUAAGUACCAAGGGAGGCUCUUCGCUUGCCAACAGGAUUUUUCCCCAUUCAACGUGGUCGCCUGGCACGGCAACUACACGCCCUACAAAUACAACCUCAACAACUUCAUGGCCGUCAACUGCGUGGCCUUUGACCACGCCGAUCCAUCCAUCUUUACGGUGUUGACCGCCAAAUCCACAAGACCGGGCGUGGCCAUCGCCGACUUUGUCAUCUUCCCCCCGCGCUGGGGCGUGGCCGACCACACCUUCCGGCCACCGUAUUAUCACCGCAACUGCAUGAGUGAAUUCAUGGGCCUCAUCAAGGGACACUAUGAAGCCAAAGAGGAGGGUUUCCAGCCUGGAGGGGGCAGCCUGCAUAGCAUGAUGACCCCCCACGGCCCCGACGCAGACUGUUUCGAGAAAAACAGCACUACUCAGCUCAAACCUGAGAGGGUGGCUGAAGGAACUAUGGCGUUCAUGUUUGAGUCAUCCUUCAGCAUGGCUGUGACCAAGUGGGGUCUGGAGACUUGCCAGAAGCUGGACAAGAGCUACUAUCAGUGUUGGGAGCCUCUCCGCAGACACUUUAAUCCUAACUGGAAGCCCAGCAAACACUAGGAAGAACGACAAUGUAGUAACUAUAGCAAAGGUAAAAAUAUCUCAACUUCUAAUUAGAUUUGUACUUGUGUGUCAUGCUACAUUGGUACUAAACAUUUGAGCAUAAUUUGUGCAGCUCAGAAUUGCAUAUCAAAUGUACUAAAUUCAACAUAAUUAUACAGCCUGACACUUAAAUUACAAAAAGCUUGGGAGUAUUACCCCAUAAUUGCCACUUGUAGCAGGCAGGAAAAGGUUACGCACUAGCAGUUGUGCAUCCCUUUAAUUAACGCCCUAAAAAAUGUUUGCAUUGAGUCUUGCUCUGAUUCUUGAAUACAUGACUGCUCAUACACAGCUUGAUGUGUAUACAAUUAAAACAUGUGUGAUUCCCACCUUUUCCUGAGCACAUAAGGGCACAAUGAGUGUUUAUGACAGCUUAAGUUUAUUUUGAUAUAUAAAUUACCAGUAUGCGCACAAACAUGAGAGGACACACACAGCAGGAGGUCUUUGUACAGAACUCAAGAUGACAAGCUGAACUUGCGUACCAGAGUUCCAUCUCUAAUACGCUGCUCUCUAUUCUCCUGUAACAAAACAGAUGACAGUCAUUUUUCCAACAGCGAAUCGUCUCAAUAAAGGAAAGAAUGAUAAUAUGUCUAUACAAGCAUUGUGCCUAUAUGAAGUGAACUACAAGUACUGUACUUUUGCACCAAAAGUCCCUUAAAAUGCACAUCCAUUUCAGCCAAAACACACAAAAUAUGUAACACUAUUGUUUGCGUUGUAAUUUUACAAUUCCCCUCAUGACAAGCUACAAUUUAAUAACGAUGCUCACAGAAUGCACAUACCCGAUCUUUCUUGAUGAUGUAGUAGAAGACGAAGACAGGAGCAAUUCCAAAAAAUACGCCCAGCAGAGAUGUCUUUUUGUUGUUUCUGAAGUGCUUGUAAGGGUUGUUGCGAGCGUACAACCAGCGUUGCAACGCAGGGUCUUCCUGUAAGAAAAUAUGUAUUGACAGGAUAGAUGAUAAUGCAAGUAAAUGUAUAUACAGUGGAAACUGUACAGCACAGGUUUGAUGUUGUCUUAACCAAAACUAACCUUUGCUUUUAUAUUUACUUGUAACUUUGAAUAAAGACAUGAGAAUGGACAAUGAAAAA